GCUGGAUCAUGUAAUAAUUCAUGUUGGAUCAAUGAGCUUACCUGAAUCCAAGGAUCUGGCCAAGCACGCAGCCCAGAUAGGAGCGGAUGGCAUAUCUGUCAUUUCCCCUUUUUUCUUCAAACAGGUGACUAAAGAUGAAUUGGUUGCCUUCUUCCGGGAUGUUGCAUCUCAAGCUCCUAAUAUCCCAUUCUAUUAUUAUCACAUUCCUCCAAUCACUGGCAUGAAAU